AUGCCAGAUUCAAAUACUAAUUAUCUUACUCGAGAUAAUGCUACGGGAGUUACAUCAAAAUCAAAAUUCAGAAAGUUCAUCUGGUUAACUAUCGUUUUUUUAUUGGGUAUUGUCAUUGGUAGUAUACCAUCUAUCGUUGUUUAUAUUCAUUCGUCACAUACGGGAUUUAAUCCAUCGAUACCUUCAGGAUGGAAUAUUGAUGAUUAUCAAUCAAAUAGUGAUUAUUAUAAUGAAUUAACAGAAAUAUAUGAUUUUAAUCAAACACAUAAUCUUCGUUUGGAUCGUCUUUCUUCACCACAAUUUCAUCCUCAACAUGGAAGAAGUGUUAUCUAUUUACGAAAACAAUAUCAUAUGCCUGAUUUAAAUGGAUCAACAACAACAUUACAUUGGACAUGUUUACAAACAAAUCAAACUAAACAAUUAACUCAACCUAUUUGGGGAGUAAAUGAUCAACAAUUCUAUUGGGUUGAUGAUAAAACAAUUCUUUUUCUUUCUAAUCGAAAAUCAGAUCUUAUCCAAUUAUUUCAAAUUAAUUUACCAGAUGAUAUAAUAAGUUUAACAAAAUUUAUUGAACCAAUUCAAAUAACUGAUUAUCCAUUAACUAUUGACAAUUUAUUAGUUAAUCGACAAGCAACACGUCUUGCAUUUAGUUGCCAAGUUUAUGCAAAUUUAUCAAUUGAAGAAACAUACAAUCGAACGAAAAUUGAAGAAUUAAGUGGUGAAUUAGUUUAUAAAUUUGAUAAAUUAUUUAUUCGUCAAUGGGAUAAAUUUAUGACUGGUCGUCGUCAUCAUCCAUUUCUUGUUUCAAUUAAACGAAAUCCAAAAGGAAUAUUUGAAUUUAUGUCAACCCCAAAAGAUAUUUUAUUCGGUAUUGAUAGUGAUUCACCAACAAGACCAUUCGGUGAAGGAAAAACUCAAUGGUCAUUUAGUUCAACAGGAAAUUUAUUUGCUUAUACAAGACAACAUGAUGAAAUGAGUGAAGUUGCAUGGUCAACGAAUUUAGAUAUUUAUACUAUUGAUUUAACUUUAUCAAAUUAUAUUAGUAAAUGUAUUACAUGUGAUAAUUUAGCUACAGAUACAGAUCCAAGUUAUUCACCAAUUGAUGAAAAUAUUUUAAUUUAUCGAUCACAAUCUGUACCUGCCUAUGAAUUUGAUCAAUAUAAAAUUAAAUUCUUUAAUUAUUCUUCAAAUUCCACAAUAACACUUUUAAAAGAUUGGGAUCGAAGUAUUCAACAUAUAACAUGGACAAAUAAUGGUCAAUCACUUUUUCUUGAAUUAGGUGAAGAAGCAAGAAAUGUUAUUUAUACAUUUACCGGUAUAACAUCUAAUAGUUCAUUACCUAUUCGUCUUUCUAUGAAUGGUACAUCAAAUAGUAUUAAUAUUCAUCCAGUUAAUAAUAAUAUGUUUGUUUAUGUUCAUGAAAGUAUUGUUGAACCAUCAAAUAUUUAUUUCUAUUCAUCACCAAUAUCAAUUCGAUCAAUAACUGAUCAUAAUAAAAAUUUAUUAUCAAAAGUUCGUAUGAGUUAUUUACCUGAAAAGUUUUCAUUUAUGGGUGUAAAAAAUGAAACAGUAUGGGGAUGGCAUAUUCCACCAGCAAAUGGUACACAUGAAAAAGCUCCACUUGCAUUUCUUAUUCAUGGUGGUCCACAAAGUAGUUGGUAUGAUGCAUGGAGUUACCGAUGGAAUUAUCAAGCAUUUGCAUCACAAGGUUAUGCUAUCAUUGCAAUUAAUUUUCAUGGUUCAGAUUCAUAUGGACAAAAUUUUACUGAUAGUAUUACAGGUGAAUUUGGAUCAUUAUCCUUUGAAGAUUUACAAUUAGGUUUAACUGCUGCUUUAAAACAAUUUAAUUAUAUUGAUGAACAUCGAGCUAUUGCAUUAGGUGCUAGUUAUGGUGGUUAUAUGGUUAAUUGGAUUGCUGGACAUCCACAAAUGAGUCAACGUUUUAAAGCACUUGUUAAUCAUGAUGGAGUAUUUGAUAUGAAAGCAAUGGCUUAUUCAACAGACGACUUAGCAUUUAUCGAACAUUGUUUAGGAAAUGUAACACAAUAUGAUAAUCCAGAAGCAUAUGAAAAAUAUAAUCCUGUAAAUUAUGUUGCUACUUGGACACAACCAAUGUUAGUUAUACAUGGUGGUUAUGAUUAUCGUGUACCAGAUUCACAAGGUAUAAGUACAUUUACAGCGUUACAACGUCGUGGUAUUCCAAGUCGAUUACUUUAUUUUCCUAAAGAAAAUCAUUGGACUAUGAAUUCUAUCAAUUCAUUAGUUUGGUAUCGUGAAGUACUUGAUUGGAUGAGUCGUUGGACAAAAUAA